UGUGUUUGCUGUUCAGUUGUCAUGUGAUGUUCUAUUUAUAUCUGUAAGAUAAUUAUAGAUAUCCGAUGUCAAAAUAGAAAUUGAAUCGAAACUAUAGUCAAUAAAUUUUGGGGAUUUCUGACAUUGGAUUUUCGAACUACUUAUUUUCAGUUUUUAGUUUUCAUAGUUAGUUUUGUUUUGAACACCGAGUAGUUCGUAUCAACGAUGAUAGUCGGAAAUACAAACGACAUUAUGAUGUCACAAACGCUUGGCGAAGACGACGAAGAUACAGUUUCGGAAGGGACCCCACAGAAACCCACCCUGACGUCAGAAGGCCCACAACAAGUCAUUUAUAACCAUGCACACCGCCAAGAGGACGUUAGUGCUGAAGAUAACGGCAGAAACAGUGUUGUUAGUGACCCUGGGUACAUAAGCUGUGCUGGUAGUGAUCGAUCGAGUGUUCAUAGCUAUAGUGCUGGUGCCGAAAACGAAACACCUGUAGAAGAGACCUGCGUUUUCAACUCAAACGAAUACAACGCUGUUAUAUCUCCAUGCAAUACAAGUAUUGCGGAUGUUCUUAACGAUACUUAUAUCGCAUCGAGUCAAAAUUCACCAAUCAGUGAGACUGAUUCAAACUUGCAAGAUUACGAAUUACCCCCCAUCCAGUUAGCGGGGAAGUUAGAAAAAAGUUUACGCGAGAGAGCUAGAAUGAUACAACCAGUUGCAAUAUAUAAUCAAGUUAUAUCUGGUCAAAUGGAUUGGUCUACAAUGCAGAAUAACGAAUUGCAAAUGGAAGAUCCAGAAAAUACUGAUUUCGAUAUAUUUUUCGAUGGAGUUCUCGAUGCCAAAUAUGGUGAUUUAACAUUACAUAAUUCAAAUAAUUCUUCAAUAUUUGUAACUUCUACUGAAAAAGUCGCACAGCAACAGCAACAACAACAACAACAACAACAAGAGCAAAUAUGCUACAAACAAGCAAUACCGAACGCCCCUUUUGUUCAGGCUCGAGGAUUGGACCUAUCGCAAGGACACUAUGUUUCCAGUACUUCAGGAAACAACAAAAACACAACGGAUGAGUUCCCCUUGUCUGUUGAAGACUUUGGCUUUGAAGAAGAUAUCUUAGGGGCGAAUUCAAAUAAAUAUGUUGUACAAGACACUCAGCAUCGCUAUACACUAUCACGAACAGGGAGUAAUUUUUCCUCAAAUGACAUGCAAAGCCCCCAAAGGCCUCAACAAGUUUAUAAUAUUGCUUCACAACAAUAUGCGAAAUACCAACAAGAAGCUAAUACCAACAAACCUUAUGAUUAUUCCUCAGCAUCAAGAAAUAUUACUUUUGCACAAAAUGCAGAAAGACGCGCACAGUCUAGAGUUUUUGUCAAAUCAAGCGAAGAAAAGCAACAAGAAAUCGUCACAACAUCGAAUCCGGAAACGAAACCAAGAAUUUCGACUCCUACCACUGCAGAAGAAGAAGCUUGGAGAUCAUACCUAGAAAAUCCUCUCACGGCCGCAACAACUGCAAUGAUGUCCAUUCACGGAGACGAAGAUUCAGCUGCAGCUUUAGGAUUGCUUUACGAUUAUUAUAAGGUUCCAAGAGAGAAAAGGCUUCUGAGUUAUCCAGCAAAUGUAAACGAUAAAGUUACAACAAGGGCAAUACUUCCACAAAGAAAUGUUUCAUCAACUCCUAUCAAUUUGGGAACAACACAAACAGCAUCGGCAGCAACGCUCAAGACGUCUAUGGGAGUCGACGUUAUCGCUCUUCGACCUGUCAAGAACGAACCAAUAAAUACCACACAGGUUUUUGGAACAGUUGCUGAUAUUCUGAAACUUCAUCGACCAACAACUCUUGACCAAAGUAAAAUAAAGAAGGAAACUUUGUUAGAAUCGCCACAAGAUUUAUCGAACACAUAUUCAAACAUGGAUGGAAAAAUGACAUCACGCGGUUACCUGACAUCAAUGGCGUCAUCAAUAAGCAAUCUAAACCAAAACAACAACAACAACAACAAUAAAAACAACACCUUUGGAACCCUUAACGCAUCGAGUUUUACAACAAUAUCUCCAUAUGCUGUAAAACUUCAGGAUUCGGCUAACGUUUUGCACAGAAGCCAAUUUGAUAUAAAGACAGAAUACUCUGGAGAACUAUUUGAAUAUGUCAUGGAAGCACCCAAAAGUCUAAAGCAAAAGGAAGGAGAUCCGACUAUGUCGUAUAUCAACAAAGGUCAAUUUUACUGUAUAACGUUACGGAACGACCAGAAGCAAUGGAAAUUCAAAUCAAACCGCGUUAAGACUGUUGUCCACAUUGUAUUUGGUGAUGGAAAGCCUGAAGAAGAGCAACUCAGACAUUGGAAAUACUGGCAUGCGAGACAACAUACUGUGAAACAAAGAAUAAUUGAUAUUGCUGAUUAUAAAGAAAGUAAUAUGAUAUAUGAUAUCGAAGAAAACGCUCAUAACGCAAUCAGUUUUUCGUGGAACAUAAAUGAGCCUGCUAAAAUAUUCAUCAGUUGUAAUUGCUUAAGUACAGAUUUCAGCGCACAGAAAGGAAUCAAGGGCUUACCCUUACUUAUCCAAAUCGAUACGUACCUGGAAGGACAAGAUCUUCUAGUGCAUCGCGGGCAAUGUCAGAUUAAAGUUUUCUGUGAUAAGGGCGCUGAACGAAAAAUAAGAGAUGAGGAAAGAAAAGCAACUAAAAGAGGACAAAAAGCUUCAAAACAAGGAUCAUCAAAUUCAGCAAACAGUAUGAUGACAAUAGCAGCGUCAGAUUUGAAACAGAUUGUGACGUCAUCGAACACGUCAUCAACGAGUGGACAACCUCAACAAAAACGAACCGAUUUCGUCAUUUUCAAAACAGUUGAUGAUGUUGAAUCUCGUCCUGUAUUAUUUGUUCCAGAUGUUCCAGGUCACAGUGUUGUUUCACAUCCUUUGAGUGUUUGCACUCCCUCAAUUUCACCUUGUACUUCUCCCGUAAUGUCACCUCAUGUUGUGCAACAAACUUCCGCAUCGGAGACUGAACAGACUUACUUUACAACCACGGGCGAUUCAAUGGAAAGAGGUUUGAAACGAGCGCACAGUGAAACCGAAAGAGCUCCUCCAUGCAAGAUAUCUCGUUCCGAUUCUGAAGCGUCACAAAGAGUUUUAUUAUACGUUCGUCAAAUCAAUGAAGAAGUUUACGACGGCCUUAUGCUCCAAUCACCAGACCUUAACGGUCUCAAAUUAGCGGUCCAAGAAAAAUAUAACUGCGCUGCUGAAAGUAUAACAAAAGUUUUCAAGAAAUCAAAGAAAGGAAUUUUAGUGCGAAUGGAUGACAACAUAAUUAGACACUACAGCAAUGAGGAUACCUUUGUUAUUGAUAUUCGAAGUGAACAUCAGGAUAACACCACAACUUACAAAGUAACACUAACUGAAGUAUGACAUCCUUAACAGAUGACUUGUAUAUUUUACGCGAUUUUGCGGUCUGUCAGUCAAUAGAGCUAUGCAUCACAGUUUGAAAUAUGCCAAAAACAAUCCGCUUACCUUGAUGAAGUUCACACUGCACUUCAGGGAACAUGAAACUAUAGUAAAAAUAGCAUGAAAGGAAUAUGACGUCAACGAAUAAAAUAGUGUUUAUGACGUCACAUGAUGACAUCAUGACAUGUAAUGAUAUCGCAUCUCAAAUGUUGUUGAUAAAAUCCUUGACAUACUGCUAUCACCUUUUUUACAAUCUUUUUUUGAUUUUAUGAAAACAUGCUUUGAAAUAUUCUGUUUAAUAGACUUUGCACUAUUUUUAAAACAAAUAUAUACUGGUGUUUUUCGCUUUUUAGCAAGACCAAAGCUAUUAAUUUUAAAUUGUACUCCGUCUGAUGGUGUUGCUUAUGCUAUUUGCUCAUAAAGCUUUAUUGAAAAAUAUUUGCAACAAUCUUUAUAUAGAUCAUGACGGUAUUGUAAUUUACUUUUUUCCCUCUGUUUCUAUGGCAUCAUCAAAUAAGUGACGCCAUAACAUUUUUACUUGCUGCGUUUCUUUUUGCCUAUUUUUGCCAAGUUUCAUUUUACAUUUCUGCCAAAUGUUUAUUAUAUUACUCGCUUUUCUCAAGCACGGACAUUAGGACUGAACUGGUAAAGAUAACUUGAAUGCGAAUGAGUACAUUUCUGAACAGAAGUUUUUUUUACGUGAGUUUAAAGUGAAAUUUUCCAGUGGCCCAAAAUACAAUCCAGAUGUGUUUGGAGUCAAAAUUUCGUCAAUCCGGUUCAUUCCUAAUGUCCUCGAGUCGGAAUCGGAUGUAGCUAUUCUCUAGCAUUUGAGCCUUAGUAGGAUGGUCCCCGUGUUUGUAUUUUCUAUGCAUAACUGCAUGAUGACAGUGAUCUAUAUCAGCAGAGAUUUUUAUACAGAGUAGUUGUAGAUUGAAAGAUGGCUUCGAAAUUGCUUAAAUGAAAUAUAUUUCUGCUGGUCGACUCUUGCAUUUUCAGAUUGUUUAUUAUCUAUCGUUCCGCUAUUACGAUGUGCCUUGUUAUAUUUGUCAAAUAUGUAUUAUUGAUGCCUUACUUGAUAUAGUGCAGCAUUAACGUGUUGAAUAAAUAUAAUAAAAAUACCAAAAGCAA